AUGACUGUUCUGGGAGUGCUGUGUUUAACCUGGAUCAUUGUCAGAGAAGACCCGGUCCAUGCCUCUGUGUGGCCCUCAGACCCGGUCCAUGCCUCUGUGUGGCCCUCAGACCCGGUCCAUGCCUCUGUGUGGCCCUCAGACCCGGUCCAUGCCUCUGUGUGGCCCUCAGACCCGGUCCAUGCCUCUGUGUGGCCCUCAGACCCGGUCCAUGCCUCUGUGUGGCCCUCAGACCCGGUCCAUGCCUCUGUGUGGCCCUCAGACCCGGUCCAUGCCUCUGUGUGGCCCUCAGACCCGGUCCAUGCCUGUGUGGCCCUCAGACCAAAGAACUGA